AUGAGCGCGUUGCUCGCCAGCAACAGCGCGGCGCCACAACAUGAUGGCGUCGGCAACGCGCCGCCCGUCGUCAGCACAACGGAGGAGCUGGACAUUAUGUGUGGUCCUCUAUUGAAUUACAAAGGCACAACGACUGCCCCAGGUCGCGCGCCUCUCUGGCAUGGCAGCGUCUUGAUAGUCACAAAACCUGGUCAGAAGCAACCGCAAUCAACGCUGAAAUGUCGCGGCCACGCUUGGCCUGAAGCACAGACAAAUAAAUCAUCCGAGAGUCACCCCAGAUCAGUUGAGGUCGUCACCGCUGUGAAACUGUACGAAGAUCCAGACAAAACUUUUUGGCGAUUCGCCAUCGAUUUGCCACUGCAAGAGUAUGAAGCUUGCUGGGAGUAUUCCCUGAUAGACAUAAGAUUCCUCUCGGGCACCAGUGCGCGAACUUCCGCAGCGCGGACUUUCGUCGUUCCUUCUACCUCUCAGUCUAUGCGGAUUAUGUUCCAUUCGUGUAAUGGCUUUUCCGUCGGUACCGAUGAGGACGCUUGGUCAGGCCCAGCGCUAUGGAACGAUGUUCUUCGCGUUCAUGACUCCAAGCCCUUUCAUGUCAUGAUUGGUGGAGGUGAUCAAAUCUAUAAUGACAGCAUUCGCGUGAAGGGUCCGUUGAAGCAGUGGACGGAGAUAAACAAUCCACAUAAAAGGAGAGAAUAUCCUUUCGGGGAAGAUUUGCGAGCAGCUUGCGAUAAGUUCUAUUUUGACAACUACGUCCGUUGGUUCUCAACCGAACCUUUUGCCUCUGCCAAUGCGCAGAUACCACAAGUAAACAUUUGGGACGACCACGAUAUCAUUGACGGCUUUGGUUCAUAUACUGAUCAUUUCAUGAAGUGCGCCGUUUUUCGCGGCUUGGGCGGCGUGUCUUUGAAAUACUACAAUCUAUUCCAACACCAUACACCGCCUCCUAGGUCGACGUUCACAACGGAUGCCGGGCAGACUAUGCAUGCUCAACCACCGUCAGGUAGCACUGGCGCUGAUCCUGCGCACCUCAAAGAUACCUUCGUGCUUCAAGAAAAGCAACCAGAAAACAGUUGGAUCAUUGGUGCUCGACCAGGUCCCUAUGUAGAAGAGCGGUCGCGGUCCUUGUACAUGAAACUCGGUGCUCGAUUAGCGUUUCUGGGUGUCGAUGCGCGAACAGAGCGAACAAGACAUCAGGUUAACUACCCAGACACUUACGACCUCCUCUUCAAGCGUCUUCGUGCCGAAGUAGCAGCCUCUCCUGAUAUAAGACACUUGAUCGUGUUAUUAGGCGUACCCAUUGCAUAUCCGCGACUGGCCUGGUUGGAAAACGUACUCAAAUCCCCCAUUAUCGGUCCCAUCCGGCUCCUCAGCAAACGUUUCGGCAUCGCUGGCGGCUUGUUCAACAAAUUCGAUGGGUCUGUCGAUCUACUCGAUGACCUAGAUGAUCAUUACACAGCGCGCCAACACAAAAAAGAGCGCAAGGAUCUCAUCCUCCGUCUUCAAGCUAUCGCCGAAGAAAACAACAUUCGUGUUUCCAUCCUAGGUGGCGACGUCCAUUUGGCAGCCUUGGGCCGCUUCUACUCCAAACCUAGCUUGCAAAUCCCACCAGAGCAAGAUCAUCGCUAUAUGCCCAAUAUCAUUUCCUCCGCUAUCACCAACAAACCACCUCCGAAAGCGGUAGCCAAUCUCCUCGCGAGGCGGAACAAAAUCCACCACCUCGACCACCACACUGACGAGACAAUGAUGAACAUGUUUGAUAAAGACCCCGGUAAUAGCCAAAAAACCGCCAAUUUCAACAAGUGCACCAUGCCUAGUCGGAAUUAUGCCAUCAUCACUGAAGCCCCGGAGAAUGGGACACUGACUAACGGCACCGCUACCACCAAUGGAGCUGUAGCGAUCGAUCAACAAGCGAGCUCGGGCUCAAAGCCAGCUAAGAAAGACGGCCAUUCCUUCUUGCAUGCCGGAGAAGAAGGUGCGGGUACCAAACAUGUAGCUGCUAGUGGAGUGCAUCGGGGCACUUUGUCCGGAGGCCUGGAUGUCAGCAUUCGGGUUGAGAUCGAUCAGCACGACAAGGAGGGGAAAACGGAGGGUUAUGGGUUUAGUAUUCCUACUCUUAGCGUGGGUAAGGGUAUUUAA